AAAGCCUCUUACAAAGAGACACAGUAGCUAUAGCAAAAUGAUGUUCUCUGGGAGAAGCAUGGGACGAGGAGGAGGAGGCGGAGGUGGAGGAAGUAUGUUGAGAACAUUGGGGAGGGCAGUGACGAGAGUUGGGGUUUCUGGUAACGGAAUACAAGAACCCUUUUCUUCUUCGUCCCCUGCCAGUACUUCGAAGUCUGCUCGCAGACCCAAGUCCCCACCCUGUCUGUCGGUGUCUUCUCCUGUCAAUUGUCAUUCUAAGAACCCUGUGUCUGGCUUACCCUUUAGCUAUUCCUCCUUUGAGGGGGACGAUUUUGAUUGGGUCGCUGUAGAUGGGUUUGAAGAUGAGAGUUUUAAUGGGUUUUCUGGUGCUUAUGUUUUGGGUAAUGUUCCUUCUGAGCAGGAGGUUGACGAUGCUGUCUUUGCUCUUCAAAAAGAGUUCUGUUCUGCCUCACAUUUCCAGCCCAAUAACGAUAAUUGUGGAUUGAAGAAUGAUGUGUCAGAUAAUGUCACUAUUCCUAGUUUACAUGUUAGCACUGAUGGAUCUGAGACGGACUGGAAGGAGCCAUCUUUGUCUCCAUAUGAUACAAGAAUGCGACGCUAUAAUGAAUUUAAUGGGGUUUAUUCUGCAUUUCAAUUAUUGCAGACUGAGCCAACUGUCCAGAAAAUGGUGAAAUCGUUGGCAACUGACAAAGCAGUUUGGGAUGCUGUUAUGAAUAAUGAAGCUGUCCGCGAACUACGGGAGUCAUUAUCUUCAGAUAAUGGGCGAGUUUCUGAGAGUUCAGAUGAGACUUCCAUGGGAAGUGAGUCUCAUUCUACCACAAAUGUUGUGAUGUGGAUAUUUGACAGUUGCAGAGCAAAGUUUAUGGAGUUAAUUGAGAAGAUUACAAAGAUUGUGACUGAUUUGUUCCAACCUGCAGUUCACAAGAGAGAGGAAGGAGCAGACUUACCUAAUCCCUUCACAGACAAGCUGAGAACUUCCUUCAUGCUUUCCAUCAUAGUCCUUUUGGUGGUGGUGGUGAAUCGAGCAAGAAGGGUUUGACACAAAUUUGACGACAUGACAUUUUAUUGUUAAUGGUUUGAUGGAUUAUUUUGUAUAUAGACAGAAGUUGCAGACUUGAACACAUUAUUUAUGGUUAUUAUUUUGAUUGAGUUAUGCUUGUUGUGGAUUUUGAAGUCCUAGAUUGUAUCACCAAAAAAAAAAAAAAGGGUCCUAGAUUAAUGUUGGGGGAUUGAUGGCAACUCAGUGAGGUGGAUUUUGUGUUAUGGAA